GUCAUCGGAUCGUUUGGCCAUGGCAGUCUCUUCAUUGGCGGUUUCUCAUUAUCAACCACGGCAACGACUGAGAAGAUAACUCGCGGUAGACUGAGGAUAGAUAAUACCUCAUUAUCUUAAUUAGUAUCCAUUGACCAUGUUACGACACGCAGCUACGAAAUAUGCCCAAUGUAUCCGUGCUACCGGUGGGCUGGGAGCCACGAGAUCGUAUGCCAAACAAGGAGGAGCUGCCAAACGAGCCCUCAGCAAGCAACAACUCCAAGGCGUAAAACCGGAUCCACCGGCUGAGGUUCCUCCUACCACUCCUCCACCAGCUGCUGCUACCCCUCCUCCUGCAAAUGGUGGUGGGGAUAAUGGCAACAUGAUGGCCAUUGGUGUGGUGGCUCUGGCGUUGGCUGGGGGUGGUGGAUAUUAUUACUACAAUAUGGAGUCGGACGCUGUACCAGCCGAAUCUACUCCUGCUGCCGUGGAGGAAGAGAAAGCAUCCGAUGCCCCAGCUGCUGAAGAGGCAAAGACGGAAGAAGUUACGUCCAUUACGGCAGAAGAUGGAAGCAAUCGUGUGGUCCAGAUUGAAAUUCCCAUGGAAGAAGGUACUAGACCGGCUUCAGCAGAGACAACUCCUGCUGAGACGGCUCAUCCCGAAGAUGGAAACAAGUUGACAUUGGAAUCCAUGCAACCAAAGAAGAAAUCAGCAAAGAUCCCCACGAGUUCUGUGGCGGACAGCGUCAAGGAAUUGCAGGCAUCCAUUGAUCUGGAAACGUCGGAGGUUACCAAGCGCGCCAAUGCCGAAGUCAUGCGCAGUUUUGAUGAGUCCCUCUUUCAAGGACUGGAUGACAUGAGUGCUGCUCAAUUGAAAGCCAAAAUUAUGCAACUAGCCACGGAAAUGAAAGACCGAACUAAAUGGGAGGCUCUACGAUUGAAAGAAUUUUUGGCCAUGAAGGAAAAGGAAACAGGCGACAAGUACCUGGAUGUUCUCCAAAAGCAACGCCUGGAAUUCGAAAGCAUCCUGGCACGACGAUUGAUGGAACAAGAGCAUGAGUUGACGUUACAAUCCAAUUCCAAGCUGCAAGCCAAAGAUGGAGCCGUCAAGGAUCUCAUCGAUGGAGCCAUUGAAAAACUGAGGGCUGAACAUGAGGCAGAAAAAGAAGAAUUAGUAAAGAACAAGACCCAAGAGUUUGACAUCAAGUAUCAACAAGAGUUUCUGGAUAAGGUAGCAGAACUUCAAAAAGGGGCGAUUGAGAAACUAGAACAGAAGACGCAAGCUGUAGAGUCCUUGAACAAAAAAGUACAAGAUCUGGAAAGUGCGCUGGCGUCCAGUGAAAACUAUCAUGAAGGUUCUAUGCAGGCUCACAAGCUAAGUGCGGCUGCUUUGGCAUUGGCCGAAAAGAUGGAGUCCAACCAGGGUGCUGGAAUCGAGUUGGGAGCUCUAAAGGCUGUGGCUGGACAAGACAACGUGAUUGCGGCUGCCUUGUCAUCGAUUCCGUCGUCCCUGGCGGAGGGAGUUCCAACAUUGCCCGAGUUGCAGGCACGGUUUGAUAAAGUAGCUAGCAAGACUCGACAAGCUGCACUUGUGCCAGCUGGGCAGUCUGGUCUGGAAGGACAGUUGGCGGGUAUGGUGUUCGCCACUCUGAAAUUCCCACCCAAACCUGAUGACCCUUCUCCCGAGGACGAUAAGGAUGCAGCGGAGUAUGUGCUUGUCCGUGCUCGUCAACAUGUACAACUUGGUGAGUUGGAAAAGGCCGUUGAUCAAUUGAGUAAGCUGAAGGGACAGGCCGCCUUCACUGUUCAGGGAUGGAAACAAGAUGCUGCGGAUAGAGUUGCGGUUGAGCAGGCACUGAAAGUCAUCAAAAUGGAAUGUGCUCUUUUGAACGAAAGCAUGUCCAAAGCUCCAUAAAUCUUCAAUUCUUUAGAACUAUUUGCUUCAGCUCAGACGUCUGAGUGCCUACACUAGCAUGCUCCGGUGAGAUGGUUUGGAAAAAGCUGGCUGAAAGUAAAACAACGUUUUUUGCU